AUUUGACAGAUACCAAAAAGUUUUGAUUUUGAUUGAAAUUAUUUAAAGAAAGAAUAUUUAUUUUGAGAUACAGAUUCAAGUGAUUGUCUGAUAAUUAUAUAUACCUAAAAAAGGGGUAGUAACAGUGUAUAUUCUACAUCUGCAAUGAUCUUAACUAAAUAUCUAUAAUGUAUGAAAGUGUUUAUUUAGAAAUCAGCAAAUAAAUAUUAGUAAUAAGUGGCUAAUCGACUAAUCAUUAAUUUUUAGUUGCAUUUUCUUACCUUUUAUCAUCAUAUUAUAUUGUACAAAAACUACACAAAUUGACACAAAAACUUUCAGUCUGUCCAAACAUCUAAAGAAUACAAACAUAACCUUAACAACAGGUUAUUGACAUUUUACAUAAAGGCGGCCUAUUUAAAAUGGAUGUAAAUUUGCCAAACUUUGAAACAUUCUCUGAAUUGAAGAAAUUAUGUAGAAAAUUAAUUCAAAGUCCGAAGGAUAUUGAAAGUGUGAAAAAACUAAAUGUUUUAAUUCAAGAUUCACCAAAUUCUUUUGUCAAAGUAAUACAGCCAACAGUACUAUCCACUUUUUAUCCUGUUUUGAGGAGUAUUUCUGAAAAUAAAACAAGUUUCAGCUUAAAUGAAAAGCAUAUAAUCAUUAAUACUUUUCAAACAUUGUUUGAAAAGUCUACGAUCGAUAAAUUGGGACUGUUUUUUAACAUGUAUGCCUUUCUCCUAUUUGAAGUAUAUGACCACAUAGAACACAAAGUUUUACCAGUUCAGGAAGAGUAUAAACUUAGUAUAAUAGAAUGUACAAAAUCUUUAACUAAAUCAGUGUCUUCUGAACUUAUUUUUGAAUUGUACACCAAAGCUAAUGCUCCAAAACUUUGCCAGAUGCUGUAUGCAUCAAUAGAAAUUGCCAAAAAUGAACAAUUAAAAAACUUAAGGAUAGCUGCAAUAGAAUGUAUAAUGUGCCUAGCCAGAAUAUUUCGUGAUGAAGAUUUUAAAGACAUAGUCAUUAGAAAACAAGUGGCAGAAGUAUUUUUGUUCUUUCUUCCAGGAGUUGCUAGUGGUUUAAAGCAAAUUGCUUUAGAAGAUGAGAAAGUUGGACACAAAAUUCCUAUGGUGGCUCUAAAAGCAUGGGGUAGAAUUGUGACUCUCCUAAUGCAAGACUACAACUCUUCUGUUACAAUAUUAAAUAUUUCAGAAAUAAACAUUCGAUAUAACUCUGAAAAAGAAAAAACUACCAAAAAGAAAUGGUCAAAUAAUAAAGAAAUUAACGAACAUUUACAUAAUACAAAACUUUCUUCACAGUGGUAUAAAGACACAGACAAAAAAUUACAACAUUUGGUUCUGGAAAUUAUGAAAUUAACACAUCAUUCCCACCAUAAAGUCCGUUCUGAAUUAACAGAGCUCUGUGCAGUUAUUCUUGAAAAUUGUUUAGGAACUAUGCCUCUGACAUCCCGUCAUUUGAUAGAAAUUGUAAUAAUACUAACAGAAGAUGAAGAUUCAGACAUAUCAAAUAGAAAUAAUGUAAUAUUGCAAAAUUUAUCCAAUCAAUUGUCUUCUCAUAACUUAAAAACAUUGCUUGAAAGUUUAGAAGAUGGGUUUUUUAAUGGUGUAAAUGCUCUUCCUAGGAAAUUUAAUGGAAUUGAUGAAAGGGAACAACUGACAUCUUUAAAUCUGCUUAUAGGAUAUUUGAAAUUAUUUGGAGAACACAAAUUAUAUCAAGUUUUGGUAUGUUCGAGUCAUCUAAGCAGUUUAUUGAUGACCAUUAUCCAUAUAUCCAAACUAGAAAAGAGUACAACUGGAUUAUUAGAAGAAUAUUCUUUAAAAGACUUAAAUCAAAAUACAAAUUCUAAUCAUCCAUGGAAAAAAUUCGUCUAUUUUAACGGGGAUUUAGUUAGAAUGAAAUUGGAAAAAUUAUGUAGCCUAUUAGGAAAAUUCGAUUCUUUUAGAAUGGUCAGUGAUUUUUUACUCGAUAUAAUUAUGGACGACCAGGGUCAUAGAAAAGAAGCUAUUUUUGUAUUGAAUGGAGUUAUCGCAGGUGUAAAUUCGGAGAAAGUUAACACAGAUAUAAUAAAAAAUAUUAUUGACACUUAUAUAGACACUCGUUACUGGCAAAUUCCAGUAGUAUCAGUAGAUGGAGAUGAUUGUGAAUUAACUUUGGCAGAAGUUCAACACAAUACUGUACAAAUAUGUUUGUUAGUUGAAGGAAUUGGAAAGAUUGCAUUAAUUCUUAGAGAUCACUUCCAACAAUUUAUGCUAAAAAUUCUAUAUAUUGUAUUAGAAAAAGCAGGAAGCAGUCACUAUCUAAUACGAUCAGCAGGUCUUUCAACUUUAACAAACGUAACUGUAGCCUGUGGUUAUUCAGAUGUGACGGAUCUAAUCACCAAAAAUAUUGAUUAUUUUACUUACCAUGUAGAACGGAAACUAAAUAGAUCUGAUGAUAAAACAAAUGUUUUAUCAGUACUGUCCGUUGUUCUUAGAUACAGUAGUAUGGAUGUGUUGCAAUACUUGGCGUACACCAUUCGAGAAGUUCUUGUUCAAUCAUGUGAUAAAUACAAAGAAAAAAACACCAACGCCUUUCUAGAAGUUUUCAAAAUGUUUGUCAAAUCUCUUAAAAGAUGGCUAAAUAUUGAAAUUAAAGAAGAACCAUUUAAGUCCAGGGCCCAAAAAAUUAAAGAAUAUGAAGACUUUAAAGUAACUGGUGCAGAUGAAAUAACUGACGAUAUCGAUACGGGAAAAACAGCAGAAGAAUUAUAUGAAGAAGAUAGAAAAAAAGGAGAAGAGUUUGAAAAUGAGGAGAAUGAAGAACCUGAAGUUGACGAAUAUAUAAAACCGGAUCCUCCUUUAGAAGUCAAGCUUACAGUAGACAUAUUAAUACGUAGUUUACAUUUCCUGCCAUCCAAAGACAGAUUACGGAAAUUGUUGGUAUUAGAAAUCCUCUCAGAUGGUCUGGAAGUGAUUAGAGAUUGGGAAAACGAGCUUUUACCAAUUGUUCAUCUAAUUUGGUCACCUUUGGUACAUCGUUUCAAGGAAUACAAUGAUCCUUUGAUAAUAAAUUAUAGUUUUCAACUUUUGGUGACUUUAGCUAGACUAGCAAAAGAGUUUAUUAGAAUGAGAACCGUAAAGGAAGUUCUUCCUAAUAUAUUAGAAUUAAUGGAAACAUUAUUGAAACAGAGUUACUUGAAGGAUAAAGGUUCUGCAUACAGGUAUUCGCAGGCAUAUAAGCUCCAAAUUAGAAUUCUGGAUAACCUCGCAAUGGUUGUAGUCAAUUUAGAUAUAGACGACACAAAUAUGAAUAAAGUUUUUAAUUGUAUCUGCUUGUACCUAAGUGAUAAACAACCAGUUCCAUUGCAGGAUGCUGCUACUAGGAGUCUUAAAGUAUUAGCCGAAUUUGAUUGUGAAAUGAUUUUAAAGCAAAUGCAAUCUUGGGAAAAUAGUAAAAACAGUGAAUACGAAAAAAACUUUAAUGUAUUAACUCCAUAUAUUGCAGAAUUAAAUUUAAAUAAAAAUUAAAAAUGUUAUGUAAAAAGUUCUUAUUUAAAGGGUGUCC